AUGGAUCUGAUCAACACAGCAGAAACAGAAAAAAAGAGAAACAGCUCGGACGAAUCUGGCUCUGGAAGUUCCACGCAGAUUACCGAUGGAAUCACAUCGACAGAAGGACUUCUUCAGAAGAAGCUUGAAGACUGCGAAGAUUUAGUUCCAAACAGACAGACAUGGUCGAGAAAAGCCGAAUUCAUUCUGGCGGUCAUCGCGUUCGCAGUUGGCUUGGGAAAUGUCUGGCGCUUCCCCUAUCUUUGCUAUAAAAAUGGAGGUGGCGCAUUUUUCAUCCCUUAUUUGAUCAUGUGCGUUUUUGGUGGAAUUCCGAUCUUCUUUCUGGAACUUUCGCUUGGGCAAUUCAUGAAAGCUGGUGGAAUCCGAGCCUGGGAUCUUGUCCCACUCUUUCGAGGAAUCGGCGUCAGUUCGGCCGUUUGCGUGUGUUUUUGCAACAUCUACUACAUUAUGGUACUCGCGUGGGCGAUCUUCUACUUGGUGAACUCAUUUACGGCAUCAGAUCUUCCCUGGGAGACUUGCGACAAUACAUGGUCCAAUCAAUCAACCUGCUUCUCUCAUACAACCUCGCGUGGAUUAUUCGAGAAUGAUACAGGAAUUUGCGCGGAACCAUUCGACGAGCGACAACUUUCGGAAUUUCUAGCCAUUCGAACACCCGUCCAAGACUUUUGGGAGAAUCGUGUGCUCCAGAAAACCGACCGCAUCGAAGAUCAAGGCGAAAUGCGCUGGGAGCUAGUCGCUUGUUUGGCUUUUGCCUGGCUGACUUGCUGGCUCAGCGUGAGCAAAGGAGUCAAGAGCAGCGGAAAAGUAGCCUGGGUCACUGCCAUCUACCCUUACAUCAUUCUAUCGGCGCUUUUUAUUCGGGCAAUUACGCUGCCAGGUGCCGCCGAGGGAAUUUCGUUUUACUUGAAGCCUGAUUGGAGCAAAUUAUUGACAACGAAGAUCUGGAUCGACGCUGGUACUCAAAUUUUCUUCUCCUAUGCAAUUGGUCUUGGCGCUUUGACAGCUCUCGGUUCAUACAAUAAGUUCGACAAUAACUGCUACCGCGAUGCCAUCCUCCUUUCUCUUGUCAACUCUGGCACUUCAGUCUUCGCCGGCUUCGCGGUUUUCGCCUUCUUGGGUUUCAUGUCCUGCGAGAGUGGAAUUGACAUCGAGCACGUAGCGACAAGUGGCCCUGGUUUGGCGUUUUUGGUCUAUCCGAAGGGAAUCACGAUGAUGCCGCACAGUCCUGUUUGGGCAGUGGCUUUCUUUACGAUGAUCCUUGUUCUUGGAACCGGAAGCCAAAUGGUAGGAAUGGAGAGUUUUCUCACUGCUGUUUCUGAUCUUUCUCCAACUCUACAGAGACACCGUGCUAAAUUCUCCCUUCUUGUCACAAUCUGCUUCUUCCUGAUCGGCUUGAUUUUCUGCACCAAAGGAGGAGUUCAUACCUUUCAAAUAUUCGACAACUUUGGAGCAUCUGGAUUCGCUUUGCUCUGGCUGUCGUUUUGGGAAGCAGUGGCGAUCGGCUGGGGAUAUGGAGGCGAAAAGUACUUGCAAACUGUUGAACGAAUGACUGGUAAAAAAUGCUCGCGCUAUUUCGUCUACUGCUGGAAGUUCUUGACUCCGCUUGCAACAACAUCCAUUUUCGCCCUCUGCCUGACGAAGUAUGAACGAAUGAAGUACGAAAACCAAGAAGUUCUUCCUCUUUGGGCGGAAGGACUUGGCUGGUGUUUGGCGCUUUCUUCCAUGAUUUGCAUCCCCGUCAUGGGUGUCAUUCAGUUGAUCAAGCAGAAAGGAAGUCUUGGCGAACGACUAAAAGCGUCUUUGGAACCAAAGAUACCUCGUCAUGUCUUCAAGUAG